AUGGACCUGGGCAAGUCGUUAAAACUACACCACUAUGGCAGCUUUGAGCGCCACCAAAUGUAUGACAUCAUCACGGAUCACGGAUCAACCAAGAUCACGAUCGAUCAGAAAGUCUAUCUCGACUCAAAUCACAGAUCAACCACGAUCACGAUCGGGACAUCAUGCCACCUUCCAACGCCACAUGAUUACAUCAGCAUAGAUUAUGUAAUAAAGAAAAGAUACUGGUCGAGUUUCGAACCUGAUCUUCACUCGCUCAAGUGGCUUAGGGGUUAA